AUGUCAUCGCUGGCUGAAAAUGAUAUCGCAAUAUUGGAAACCUCGAUUCUUUCGGCUUAUCAAGAGGCUGGUCUCAAAGGUGUUGAUGAAUAUUUUCGGCCCGAUUUUCGGGCCGUUUUCAAAGACGGACAAGAAUUUGAUAAGAGUAAGUAGGCCGAUUUGCCACGCGGCAUAUUUAGAGUAAAAAAAUCGCGAAUUUUUCACACAGAAACCUAUCUAAAAUUGCUGGCCGGCUUCAAAAUCCGUCGAAUUUUUGAAAAAGUGCACGACGCCUAUUUCGAGCCCAAAAAUGUGCUCGUUGUGAGCUACUUCCAUUUGGGUGGACAACAUCAAUAUGACGCGAAAUUGGUGGAAAACCGCGCGCUUUUGGGUGGAUAUCAAUUUGUUGAGAUCAGACCGAGUUAUUGA